UACCAAAACAGUUCUGUAGGAGCAGUGACUACGGGGUCACUAUGACAUUAUAUUAAGCGACGUUUCUUUUAUACCGACUUUUUCCGGUGCAGUUGGAUUUUAAAAGUGGGAAGAUAAACGCUGUAAAGCUUUUGUACAAAGGGCAAGAUGGAUGUUUUCAUCUAUAACUAAGAUAAAAUUAAAGAAAAUGUUGGACAAAAGAAAGGAAGAGUUCGAUCCGGAGGACGUGACGAGAAAGAACGUAAAGGAGUCGUUCUGCAGCCAGUACCGCUGCGGCCCGCAGCUCGGCAGCGGUGGUUUUGGUUCGGUCUUCUCUGGACAUAGACUGUCUGAUGGACUCCAGGUUGCCGUCAAACAGAUUUCCAGUGAUAAAGUUCAACAGUGGGCCAGACUGCCUGGUGAAGUUCGCCCUGUCCCUAUGGAGGUGGCUCUACUGCAGCGGUUGACAGAGUUGGGAGGUCACAGGGGGGUCAUCCACAUGUUGGACUGGUUCGAGGAGGAGGGACGUGGCUUCAUACUGGUGUUGGAGCGACCACCGCAGUGUCAGGACCUGUUUGACUUCAUCACAGAGAGAGGCAUGCUGCCAGAACGCCUUGCAAUCAGGUUCUGCUGUACUCCAUUCUCUCUGGGUAAACCUCAGCUGUGUUUCUGUUUGGUGGUUCUGAUGUUCUUCAUUCCUUUUGUUUCCAUCAGAUUUUUCCAUCAGAUUGUGGAGGCGCUACAGUUUGUGCACUCUCAUGGUGUUGUGCAUCGAGACAUAAAGGAUGAGAACAUUGUGGUAGACAUGAGGACACUGGAGGUCAAGAUCAUAGACUUUGGAUCUGGAGCUCCACUUAAAGAGACGUUAUACAGUGAAUAUGAAGGUACUCGGGUCUACAGUCCUCCGGAGUGGAUUCUGUCCCGGUCCUAUAAAGCGGUCCCUCUCACCGUCUGGUCUUUGGGGGUUCUGCUGUUUGACAUGGUCUGUGGUGACAUCCCUUUUGAGCGAGACCAGGAGAUUGUUAGAGCUGAGCCCGUGUUCACCAGGCGGGUCUCUAAAGAAUGCCAGUCUUUGAUUCGCUGGUGUUUGUCGUAUCGACCAGAGGACCGUCCCACCCUGGAGGAGAUCCUGUCUCACCCCUGGAUGGUCGGAGGAGAGAUGGAGACAGGGGAGGACAUACAGGAGGACCACAGCUCUUUGCCCAGCCAGUCCCUAUAACCACACACAGAUCUGAACCUGAACCUCUGUCAGACUAUGCAGGACCUAAAACCUGAUACUGGACUGUGGUUUGGUUCAUAUGAGUUGGAGCAUCCCUGACUGUACAAGCAAAGCUUAUGGCGUCCGCAGCAGGUGGAUUCUGCAGAAAAAAGCUUGUGUGAAAACUGAAGGCGCUGCAGAAAACACAAGUCAGACAUUGAACCUUGCGUCCUUCACUGUUUGUCAUGCUGCUGCACCCAGCUCACCUUAUUUAUCUGACUGACGUCGUUAGCGUUGGCUAUUUAUUCUAUUUAUUUGGUUCAUUCAUUCAGAGCUGAAACUGGAUUUUGCAGUUUUUUUCUUUUUAAUGUUAGUUGAUCAACAGAAUCACCCCUUACCUAAAACCUCUGUAGAUUGUAGAUUAACUGUGCAGAUGUUUCCACCUAAUUUAACUGAUUUUAGUUCAAUUUUAAAAAAGGAUUUCUUGAACUUGGAACUCUCUCCAUUUCCACAUUUAUGUGCAGCAAGUUACUCAAACUUUCCAUGGAAAACUAAAUCAGUUUUCAGUUUGAGUUUACUUUAAAACCUUCUGUUUGAUGUCAAAUCUUGGUUUAUUGUUAAAUCAAGACUUUACCUUAUUUCCUGUCAGAGCUCAGUACCUGAACAGGUAAAUGUUAGGUCACUGUAGAUACUUGUGUAUUAUUGUGGCUGAAUGAAGAAGUGGCUCAUUGGUCACUCAUUUGUGUUUAUUUAUAUUAAAUAAGGAUUUAUGGAUCGAACAAAGCCACAAAUAUCCAACGUUGGAAUAAACAGAUUCACUUAA